ACUGCACAUACUUCUAAACAACUACAUAUGUGUACACUCGUUCAGCGCAGCUAAGCAGCGCUGCUGACGCACGUGAAAAAAAAAACAGAGAACAGUAAAACGGAAAAUCAAAUCAAGCAAUCGAAAGAGCGGGAGAGUGUUUGAAAAAAAUAUGCUUGACUCAGUUGAUGUCGAGCAAUCAAGCCGACCGGACAAGCCAAUUAGUGUGAUUGAAGUUACGUUUCGCUGCCGUUAUCGGUGAUUCACGGUGUUUUGACAUUGUUGCCUUGCCGUCUACAUACACAUAUACACAAUUCCGGUGCAAGCAACAAAAUGGCGAAUGCCCGCCCGCAUGCACACACAAUUGAUAAGCGCGCUUUCUGGACAGAGUUUUUUGCGUUAUACGAGAGUUUGCCAGCGCUGUGGGACCUGAGUAAUCCUUUGUAUAAGGAUCGGCAGAGUAAGACACACGGCUAUGAGAUGUUGGUGAUGAAAAUGCGCGAAAUUGAUCCGCAUGCAUGUCGAGAAGAUGUUUUGCGCAAAAUCAACAUAUUUCGUACCAAUUAUCGACGUGAAUGCACACGCAUUAAAGCGAGCAAUCAAAUGGGCAAACGGUAUAACACCUCACUCUGGUACUUUCACAUGCUCGACUUUUUGCAGAGCCAAGAGUUUCGUAAAGAGCGGAAACGUGUGCCGAAUAGUGAGAAGAAAAUUUUGCAGCGGCGGAUGGCGAGAUCACAUUCGGAUAUUGAGAAAGUAAGGUCACAGCUUUUGGAAUCACCACACACUUCACAAGACAGCUCCAGCGAAUACAAAAUGCAGCUUAACAAAUACGAAUAUGCAUCUGACAAUGGUAACGAAACAGAGGAGCAUUUAGAGGCGGUUCAGUAUUUAGAUGAGAAUUCGUUUCAGCAGCAAUUUCAGAAUCAAUUUCGUACACUUACAUUUCCCAACCAAAAGCAGCAGCACAUAAUAACAGAGCCAGAUGAUGAUGAGAUCAAAACGGUUGGAGAUGCAGAUACCGAAGACUAUCAUGAAAUCAUCAACAUUGAUGAUUCAUCACAUACUGCCGACGAUAUGUUAGAUGUAAAAACUGUGGAAGACUGUAGUAAAAAUGUAACGGUUGAAUCUAUAGCAUCUACGCCACCAGAACUGUCAGAGCAACUGCUAACAACUAGACAAAUCAGAAAGACACCUUUAUCUGGUAUAAUUAAAGAAGAGGCGAGAGGACGUGCAGUGCAAUCAUCUCGGGCAGGUCUUGCUAUUAGUGAAUCUACAGAGAUAUUAGCCAAAUCGUGGGCAAUACAGUAUGAAGAAAUGUCCCGGGAGCAAAGAAUUUAUGCACGCAAAGCGAUAGCUGAAAUACUUUUUGAAGGUUGCCUUGGAAAUUUAGGACGUCAACAAAAUAUUAAAACACAUGUUAAUACAACGGAGCCUGUAGUUUCAACGCAAUACGAAAAGGAUGAGAUUAUGGAGGAUAAUGAAGGAGUUACAGAACAUAUAGCGGAAGAAACAUUACUGCACAUGGAUGAUGGCAACCCCACUUACGUAUAUGCAGUUGGUGGUGAACAAAUGCAGCUACACGAAUACAUACAUUGACUUGUAUAUAAUGAAAAGGCCAAAAGUGAAUUUUAUGUUUGGAGUUUAAACAAAUUCUACCGCUAUUUAUUCCGAAAACGCGUCAAUCUUCAUCAAUCAAUCAGUGGAUUUCCUCUUUUAUUUGCACAUGACUGCGAUGACAGAUGUUUCUCCUUCUAUCGUUUCGUUUGGACGUGUUUAGUUGGCUCAAGUAAUAGUUUAGGUGUGUUCCUUGUCUCAUUUGUUUCUAGUUUUAAUCUUUAUAACAUGCAAAUAUGUUUGAAAAUAAAAUGGGAUAUUUUACCUUGGGUAAAAAAUUACCAAAAAUAAUAAUAUUUGUAAUCCACAUAUCAAGUAUAAA